ACCUCCCCAGAAGGCGCUGUAUAUAAGGCUUGAUGCCAGCCGUCAAAAAAGGUAGCGUGCGCUGAAGUCAACACCACCUGCUCUCCAUGAUGGACGUGACUGUGGCCAGCCUGCUGUGUGUGACGGUUCUGUACAGCUGCAGCACCUCGGCCACACCUGCCCAGCAUUACUCAGGGAUCUACAAAAGGCUGCCCAGAGGAUAUUCAGAUGACCGGAUCAUACGCAGUGAAAUGACCGCGACAGAUCAAAUAAUUGAGGCUAAUGAAUUACGAACUGCAGAGGUUCCAGAAGUCACCAGUUUCAGGGACGGAGAUAUCGCUGUGACCACCGGGGGGCGCUCUAAGGUGUGUUUCGCACGCAGCUGUCCAUGGUCCAAGUCAGUGGAUGGAUAUGUCUAUAUCGCCUACAGGCUCUCCCCGGAUUACAGCAGUCUUGACCAGAGGAUAAUAAAGGCAGGAAUGGACGAGGUUGAGACCGGCACAUGUGUGAGGUUUGUUCCCAGGACGCACCAGAGAGACUACCUGGACAUACAGCCUCUGUCAGGGUGUUGGUCGUACCUUGGGCAUCGUGGGGGCCGGCAGACCCUCUCCCUCCAGUCUCCUGACUGUAUGUGGUCUGGGGUGGCCUCCCAUGAACUCAUGCACGCUCUGGGCUUUGUGCACGAACAGUCCCGUGUCGACAGGGACAAGUAUGUCACCAUCAAAUGGGACAACAUUUUAAAGGGUCACCUAAAGAGCUUUGAGAUUUUCAAAACCAAUAAUCUGGACACUCCUUAUGACUAUGGCUCCAUCAUGCACUUCGGAAUGAAUGCAUACUCAGAAGAUGGGGAUCCUACCAUCGUUCCUAAGAGGAACAAGACCAUUAAGAUGGGCCAGAGGACCAUUCUUAGUGCCCUGGACAGGAUGAAAAUUAACAAACUCUACAACUGUGGUUGUUCUUGUACAACAGCCCUGUGAAGAUGGCUUCUGUUUUCUCUUUUGACAGAAAUCAAUGAGGACUAUUAAAGAAACAGUUAAACAUUUUCUGCUGAACACAAUCACUGCUAUCAAAUAACACAAUAAUAUCAAUUAAG